UGUACAAGCAACAUCUACUGCGUGUAGUAACAAUACAACUUUACCAAACCGGCUCCAGAGUUUUUCUUCGCAACAAAUCUACUAUGUACCCAAUACAAAACUUGUAAAAGUUGCUAUAUAGUCCAGUAAAUGGUCCGCCAAAAGAGACCUCCCUCACAAAAUGGUCGACUUAUAGCAUCGAGCAACAACGGACAACACCUCGAGCGUUGGCGCUGGAAGCGAAAAGAUGUUAAUACUGAUGAUAGUCCACUUCAUCACGCUUCCCGCGCUCACUUCCAAGAUGGUCAGCGGCGAGACGACGAUGGAUGAGAAGCAGCAGCAGCAGUUCAUUAGUUCCAGAGUAGUCAGAACCAAAUAUGGGGACAUCAGAGGUUUCAUAGUCACACCAGAAUCGAGAUUUCUAGAACCAGUAGAAGUCUUCCGAGGUGUCCCAUACGCGUCGCCCCCAGUGGGUUCAUUACGCUUUAUGCCGCCUGUAUCAGGUGCCCAAUGGUCCGGAGUCAAAAUAGCUGAAGAAUUCAGCCCAGUGUGCCCACAAGUUCUUCCAGAUAUAAGGAAUGAGACGGCAGUGCUGAAGAGGAUAUCAAAAGGAAGGUUGGAGUACUUGAAGAGGAUACUGCCGUUUCUGACGAACCAGUCGGAAGAUUGUUUGUACUUGAAUAUCUACGCGCCUGCUCAAGCAGGCGUACGAGACGCAGUGUCUCGGUACCCGGUACUGGUGUUCGUUCAUGGAGAGAGCUACGAGUGGAGCUCGGGGAACCCCUACGAUGGGACUGUGCUGGCUUCUCAUGCUGGGCUGGUGGUGGUCACUAUCAACUACAGGCUGGGGAUAUUGGGUUUCCUCAACCCUCGCUCGGACGAGUUCCCGCGGUCCCCAGCAAACUACGGUCUGAUGGACCAGAUAGCAGCAUUGCACUGGAUCAAAGAGAACGUGGCGGUCUUUGGCGGAGACCCGACCAAUGUCACGUUGAUGGGGCACGGCACUGGCGCUGCCUGCGUGCACUUCUUGCUGACGUCACUGGCAGUGCCCGAAGGCCUGCUCUUCCACAGAGCGAUCCUCAUGUCAGGGUCUGGACUGAGCCCGUGGUCUCUGGUCGCGGAUCCCAACAAGUACGCCGCUAUAGUAGCGACGCAUGCCAACUGCUCUCCUGAACUAACGCCACCAGCGCUACUGCGGUGUUUGCGCGAGCGACCGCUGGAGGCGCUGUUGUCAGCGCCUGUGCAAGCGCCUGACUUCGCCUACGCAUUUGGUCCGAGCGUAGACGGGGUUGUUAUAGACACAGGCGACCUGCUGGUGACUCCCGAAAACGGCUACGAGUGGGGCGGGCAGCCGAUCGCUCGCGCGCCCACCGGCAAGGCGACCAACGCCAUCAACAUCAUCAACGCCGUGCUGAUGAGGAAGAGCGCGGUUGCACAGCUCACCAAAUACGACCUGAUGCUCGGCGUGACCAAAGCAGAAGCGUACUUCGCGUUCAGUGGAGACGACGUACAGUACGGCAUAGAAGCGGACAGAAGGUCCAAGAUCCUGAAGUCCUUCGUCAGGAACACGUACAGCUACCACCUGUCGGAGAUCCUGGCGACCAUCAUCAACGAGUAUACGGACUGGGAGCGGCCUGUGCAGCACCCAAUUAAUAUUAGGGACGAAACGCUAGAAGCGCUAAGCGACGCGCAAGUGGUCGCGCCUAUAGUGCUGACCGCGGAUACACACUCGGCGUUGCGAAGGAACUCGUAUCUGUACGUGUUCGACUACCAGACGAAAUACGGAGACUACCCUCAGCGACAAGGCUGCAUCCACGGUGAGGAGCUGCCGUACAUAUUCGGAGCACCCCUGGUGGGAGGACUAGCACACUUCUCAAGGAACUACACCAAGGCCGAAGUAUCGCUGUCCGAGUCAGUCAUGCUGUACUGGGGAAACUUUGCUAAAACUGGGAACCCAAAUGAAGCUCAAGAAAGUGACCCAAUAAGAGCUGGAAGACAAGAAAGAGUUCGGAUGAAGAACAUCGAAUGGACUGCGUAUGAAGCGGUCCACAAGAAAUACCUCAACAUAGACACUAAAUCCAAACUGAAGAAUCAUUACAGAGCUCACAGACUCUCGUUCUGGCUGAAUUUAGUCCCAGACCUCCAUCGCCCAGGAGGUGAUGACGUACCCUCGUCUCAUCACCAGCUUGAGCACGAAGAUGCAUCACCGCAACCUACUCUUAAAACAUUCAGUCCUCCUUUCAAGAAGACGACUGAUGUCAUCAUCGAUUCAGGUCUUGCGACCAAAGUGCCAGUUCUAAGCGUUUUAAAUAUAACUUCUCCAUUGAAUUUCAACAUUAUUGGUCUGAAUCCACCAACGCAAAGUACUGUUAGUACUGAUGUACAUAAAGAUUCAUCCGCCACAUCUCCUCCUGAAGAUGGGUUUGCAGCGUACUCCACUGCUCUUAGCGUGACAAUUGCUAUUGGGUGUUCGUUACUGAUACUAAACGUUCUCAUCUUUGCUGGAGUGUACUACCAGAGGGACAAAACGAGAAUGAACGGCCAAGAUGGUCAUGCAAAUGGCUCGCAUUUAAAAAAACGUGCAGAGAAUGGACAGAUGCCGAACAACAUUUGUGGUGAUUUAGAAGGAGCAUUAACGUACCAGACCAGUUUAAAAAACGAUCCAGCUACGAUUUUGAGUCAUCAUCAUACGCAUUCUCAUCAUCAGCUACCUCCCCCGGAGUUUGCUGAUCUCCCGAGCAAUAACGUGGCGGGAAUGGCAACGCUGCCAAGGGCGCCGCCUCCUCCAAAGCUCGGAAAGAGUAAUAUAAAUACUCUAGCGAGCGGCCAGUUGCCAGAGAACCAGCCGUUGCUGUCCGCACAUCAAAUGCAGAUGAUCAACACGAGUACACUCACGAAGAAGAACACCCAACUGAACGCGAAGUCCAACGUCACAAUGGAGGAGUUGAGAGUGUGACGUCAGAGGGCCUGACUGCAACGGGCUGGCAGUUGCAGCGACGUGGCCCAUCACGAUGAGAUUGUGUGACUUGGGCCGGACCUUCUCAAGUGUGUGACGGACUACAUUUAAACUUUUUAGACUGUCCCGUACCACUUGCGUUUAGAAGGCGUUAUAAUAGUGAAGUGACUUGAACUAAAGUUUAAUCAUAUCCGUAUAGUAAAGACGCCAGUGGGUGAAUUUAAAGUGUUAAUAGUGUAGCGGACGAUAUGAAAUUAUGUAACGUUGUAAAUUAUUGUAAAUAUUAUACUAAUGUGAAAAUUGUAUAUAAUUCAGCAGCUCAGCCGCAUAUCCAUCCUAAUUACAAUUGUAAUCUUGAAAAUAGGGAAAUUGUAAGAUAUGUGAUGAACAACUUCAGUCUAGGCAGCAUUGAGACGCGAGGCGUGCAAUCUGUUCGAUUGACUGAAAUAAAUUAAUGAAUUGAAAAAUUUAGAGAAUAAUGUAAGUUAACGAGACACCAAAAUUAUUGUCGCAUUGAUUUGUCAAGUUAGAAGCAAUAACAAUCCAUCGAAAAGAAAUUUUUAGUGUCUCCGAGUGUACUCUACUGAUCAAUCGAUUAUCAAGAUCUGUCUAUUUUAGCAAGGAUGUCAUGAAGGAAUUGGAGCAUUUUUUCGAUAAUGCAAUAACUCUCUUGUGUACUGUUGACUCGGAAACUGGGUUCUUUUGACGAGAGUAGAACCAUAAUGAUCCAGUCACUUUAAAGGAUUUGCCAUUUGUUCUGCGGUCAGGUUUUCAUUGGUCGGUCUCUACACUGUAUUGAUGCGAUGUCAGAUCGCACGCGGGCACGAGCUAAGAACGCAAACUGACAAGUGAUUUGACCUGACCGCAUCCAGUGUAACAAAAAUGCUUAAAGGCAAUUUAACAUUUGUGGACUUCACAAGUAUAGGGUCGCUAUGGUUUUAAACUCAUCGUUUAGCUAUAAAAGACUUAUCUGAUGAUGAUUAACCGGUAGACAUUUGUAAUUUUUUUCUUAACAUAGACGGACCAAUAGCGUUUGUAAAUAUGUACAUAGAGUUAGGAAACGGUGUAACAGGUUGUAAUGAUCCUCGGUUUCAUCACACCACGACUGAGCCCGUAAGUAUCGUUGUUUCCCCUAUUUAUUGUGAUUUGUGUACUGUGAUCUAUAAUUGUAUAAUUUUCAUGUGUUCCCCUUUUCGUGUAUUAGGUGAAACCUUUAAUUUCGUCUGUAGAAGCAGCUGAAAUUUCAAGCGUGUGUAGAAAAUUGCAGAACCUUUGUAUGUUGACUUAUUUUGAAAAAUAAAUGACUUUUACUAUGUUCGUAGAUAACAUCAUGAAUACUAGUAAAAUAAAUAUUAAAUUGUAAACUCAUGGUAAAGUUAUAGAAUCAUCAACUAAAAUAAAGUAAGCGGCAUUAUUUUUGAUAGUUAGGUACGUUCGCUAUGUUUUGAACCUCUGACGUAGACCCUUUAAGUAUGUUUUUCUAACGAUAAUUGAGUAAGAUUGUGAAUUGACGUCGAAUGAUGUUUAUUUAAAACCCGUGCACAAUUUUUUUAACUAGUCUAAUAGAAGUCUUUACUUCGAAAUAACGUACUUACCGAAAUACAGACUAAACAUUUUAAUAAAACAAAAUGAAAACUAA